AUGCUGGAUUCUGUAACGCCUUCACAAAGUGUCUCUAUUACUUCUAUUGCAGGACAACAGCAAGUACUCAAUAUACCCGAGAAAGACGAAAUUUGGUCAAGUAUUCUCAAAGACGUGGCUGCAACUAAAGUCGUGCCUACCAAAAAUGUCUUGAUUCUUGGUGAACCUGGUGUGGGUAAAUCAACCUUGAUUCAUUACUUACGAAAUGAUCCUGGCCCACAACAACCAAAAAUGACAGUGGACGAGUCAGCACCUGUGAAUAACAAUAUCAAAAGUCAUUAUACCCAAAAUAUCAAAACACCUAUUGACUCUCAAGAGAAACGAAAUGAUUUGGCUCUGGGGUAUUCGUUUAUAGAUGUCAAGGACGAAGAAAAUGAAGCCGUGGCAAGACUGGGCUGCUAUCAACUGGGAUUAUCUUCCCCUGAAUUUUUACCACUCUUGAAAUUUGCUAUACGAUCUGAAACAGUUGCAGAUGCUUGUGUUCUCAUUCUAUUGGAUUGGACACGUCCCUGGAAAUUUAUGGAAACUUUGAUGCGUUGGAUAAAUAUUACGAAUUAUCUCGUAGAUGAGAUAUGUAAAGAGAAUACAAGUGGUGCUUGGAGUCAAGGCAAAGCCAUGAUGGAUGAGCUAAGAGAGACAUUGGAACAUUAUUUACAAACAUACACUGAGCCAUCCAGCGGAAUGAUCUUGACAGCUUCUACUUCUACAAGUUCCAUUGCCACAACCAACACGACCUUGACCAACUUGAAUACAGCUACAUCCAAUCAUGCUGAUCAAGUCGUCCUACCUUUGACUCAAGGUUGUCUAACUACUAACCUUGGUAUACCUAUCAUUGUUGUUUGCUGCAAGAGUGACGCAAUGAAUGUACUGGAGCAAACACACGAUUACAACGAAGAUCAAUUUGAUUUCAUUCAACAAUGCUUACGAUGCAUUUGCAUGAAAUAUGGAGCCGCUUUAUUCUAUACUUCCAGCUAUCAACCUCAUACCUAUCAUCAUCUUCGUGAAUACAUGUUGCAUCGUCUAUUGUCCAACAAUAACAAAACAUAUCCAUUCAAUGUCAAAGCUCAGGUCAUCGAACGUGAGACCGUCCUGGUACCUUCCGGAUGGGAUUCCUGGGGAAAGAUUAAAGUGCUAAGAGAGGGAUUUGAUUGUGAAAGCCUGUCAGAAGGCUGGGAUGAAAACAUAGAUGCCUUGGCAGAUGGACAUCAACCGGUAAAUACAUCGGGUGCCUUGGGUAUCUAUGAAGAAGCCAUUCCUAAUGAUGAUCUUGGUAAUCAGCCUCAACAUAUCUCUGCUGUCACGGUCUGUGAAGAUGAGCAAGCAUUUUAUGAGAGACACUUUGAAACGCUUCAAAAGACAAAUGACACUAUGCGCAAAAACGGUAAUAGUAAACCUGGUCUAGUCGGUCCUAUUGGUAUCACUUCCACAGCUAUUGAUCUAACGCGAAUUGAUCCCAACAAAAAAGUAAAAUACAUUGAUAUAGAGCUUACUUUAGACAAGAGUUUGCUGAAAGGCAUAGUAGCAACCAAUGGUACAUCUACAAAUGGAAGUACGACCCCUACGUCAACAGCUGCAUCCAAUACAAUACCCUCACCUGUAGCGGCUGCCACUCCACAAAGUGGUCCCUCACACGAAAUCAUUGCCAAUUUCUUCCAAUCGCUUUUAACCAAAAAGGGACCUUCUGGUGGAGCUGCCUCACCUACCGCGUCUCCUUUACUCACUGGUUUACCGCAGUCCAAUGGCCGUGAAGAACCUCAUAGACGACCUACGAUCAGUAGGAAAGAUGUACAUAAAGAGUUGGAUCGAAUGAGACAAUAUACUUGA